AUGGCGGGCCGUACGCCCCGCCCGUCCCGAGACGCCGGCGGGCGCGCCCGCCCGUCCCCGGGGACGCCUGGCGGGGCCGUCGCCCCGCCCGUCCCGGGACGCCUGGCGGGAACCGUCGCCCGCCCGUCCGGGAACGCCCUGGCGUGGCCGGUACGCCCGCCCGUCCCGGGACGGCCUGGCGGGCCGGUCGCCCGCCCGUUCCCGGGAACGCCUGGCGGGUGGCCAGUCGCUCCCCGCCCGUCCCGGGACCGCCCUGUGGCGGGCCGUCGCCCCGGCCCGUCCCGGGACCCGGGCAGGACGGGCCGUCGGGCCCUGGCCGUCCCGGGACCCGCCAGGGGGCCGUCGCCCGGACCCGUCCCUGGCCCCCCCCCCCCCCCCCCCCCGGGGGGGCCCGGGGGCCUGGCGGGCCCCCCCCCCCCGGUUUUACCCGCCCCGCCCGUCACCGGGACGGGCCAGGCGGGCCGUCGGCACCGGCCGUCCUCGGGACCCGCCUACGGGCCUUCCCGGGCACCCGCCCGUCCCGGGACCGGCCUGGCCGGGCCCUCGCCCGCCCGUCCCGGGACGCCCUGGCCGGGCCGUCGCCCGCCCCGUCCCGGGAUGGACGGGCCUACGGGCCAGUUCGGCCCGGCCGUCCCGGGACGCCUGGCCCGGGCCGUCGGCCCGCCCGUCCCGGACGCCAGGCGGGCCGUCGCCCCCGCCCGUCCCGGGACGCCUGGCGGGCCGUCGCCCCGCCCGUUCCCGGCACGACCGGGCCAGGCGGGCCGUCGGCCCGGGGCCGUGUUCCCAGGACCCGCCUGGGGGCCGGGUCAACCCGCCCAUCCAAGGGACGGCCUGGCGGGCCGUCGCCCGCGCCGUCCCGGGACCCGCCCAGGGGGGGCCCGUCGCCCGCCCGCCCGGGACGGCCUGGGCGGGCCGGUCGCCCCGCCCGUCCCGGGACGGCCUGGCCCGGGCCCGCCGGCGCCCCGUCCCGGGACCGCCCAGGGUCGGGCCGUCGCCCAGCCCACCAACCCUGUCCCGGGACGCCUGGCGGGCCGUCGCCCGCCCGUCCCGGGACGCCAGGCGGGCCGUCGCCCGCCCGUCCCGGGAACCUCCCUGGCCCGGGCCGUCCCGCCCGCCGUCCCGGGACCUCCCUGGCGGGCCGUCGCCCGCCGUCCCGGGAACGCCUGGCCCGCCGUCGUGCCGUCCCGGGACGGGCCCUGGCGCCCGUCCGGCCCGGCCCGUCCCUUAGGGACCGCCUGGCGGGGCCGUCGCGCCGUCCCUGGGACGCCUGGCGACCGUCCGGCGGGGUCCCUCCCGGGACCCGCCCAGCCCGAGCGUCCCGGGACCGCCCGUUCCCGGGACGCCUGGAGCCGUCGCCCGCCCGCCGUCCCGGGACGCCUGGCGGACGCCUGGCGGGCCCGCGCCUCCCCACCCGUCCCGGGACGCCAGGCGGGCCGUCGCCCGCCCGUUUCCCGGGACGCCCUGGCGGGCCGUCGCCCGCCCAGUCCGGGACGGGCCCAGGCGGGCCUCGCCCGCCCCGUCCCCCCCGGACGCCUGGCGGGCCCGUCGCCCGCCCCGUCCCGUGGGACGCCUGGCGGGCCUCCGCCCCGGGCCGUCCCGGGACCACGUGCCCGCCCGUCGCCCGCCCUCCCGGGACUCCUGGCGGGCCGUCGCCCGCCCGUCCCGUGGGACGCCUGGGCUGGGCCGUCGCCCGCCCCCCGUCCCCGGGAGCGGCGGGCCGUCGCCCGCCCGUCCCGGAGGGACGCCAGGCGGGCCUCGCCCGCCCGUACCCGGGACGCCAGGCGGGCCUCGCCCGCCCGUUCCCCGGGACCCGCUUCCCGGGACGGGCCUGGCGGCCGUCGCGCCGUCCCGGGACGCCUGGCGGGCCGUCGCCCGCCCCGUCCCGGGACGCCUGGCAGGCCGUCGCCCGCCCUCCGGGACGCCUGGCGGGCCGUCGCCCGCCCGUCCGGGACGCCUGGCCGGGCCGUCCCGCGCCGUCCCGGGACGCCUGGCCGGGCCGUUCGCCCGCCCGUCCCGGAAGCCAGGCGGGCCUCGCCCGCCCGUCCCGUCCCGGGAAGUCCCGACCUGGCGAGCUUUGGCCCGCCCUCCCUAUAG